UGAUGACAAAAUAGGGGAUCGAUUCGGUGUAUGCCUUAUAAAGCAAUUGCUACUGCUUCUCCAUCGGCAAAAGACUACAAGUCUACUACUAAUCCUCUAAUUUUUUAUGAAUUAAAUCUAGUGAGAUGGCAAGAUAACCAGUGUCCACGAAAGCAGGAACAGUAGUGUAUGGUUGACUCUGGCAGUUGAUGCGUUGACCACUUCUCAGUUCUCACAGUUUCUAGAACUUUUUAUCUUAACUAUAACGAAUAAACUACUCAAAUCUCGUGUCUUUCUCAACAAAUUCACGAUCAGAAGUUUUAAACUGAAUCGCAGCUCCCAGUUUGUGUGUAGAUAUUCCAAAUGGGUGAAAAUCCCUCAAAUGUUUGUGAAUCACCUCGGCCACGGUCUAACCUCUUAAGGGAUCAAGUCCAGUUAGUGAAGAGAAGGGACUCCAAUCGAUAUGAGAUUGUCCCGAUUGAAGGCCAAUUGAAAUUUGAAAAGGGAUUUUUUGUUGUCAUUCGUGCUUGUCAGUUAUUAGCCCAGAGUAAUGACGGAAUAAUCUUAGUUGGAGUUGCUGGUCCCUCCGGUGCUGGGAAGACUGUGUUUACUGAAAAAAUGCUUAAUUUCAUGCCUAGUGUCGCUGUUAUCUCGAUGGACAACUAUAAUGACUCUAGCAGAAUCAUUGAUGGAAAUUUCGAUGAUCCAAGGUUGACAGAUUAUGACACACUGCUUCAAAACAUACAUGAUCUGAAAGCAGGAAAACCUGUUGAGGUUCCAAUAUAUGAUUUCAAGUCUAGUUCUCGAACGGGCUACAGAACGAUUGAAGUACCCAGCUCUCGUAUCGUAAUCAUCGAGGGAAUCUAUGCGCUGAGUGAAAAGUUGAGACCUUUACUAGACCUUCGUGUGUCUAUCACUGGUGGAGUACAUUUUGACUUAGUGAAACGUGUAUUACGGGACAUUCAACGUGCUGGGCAGGAUCCUGAAGAAAUCAUUCAUCAAAUUUCCGAAACGGUGUAUCCUAUGUAUAAGGCAUUCAUCGAGCCUGAUCUACAAACAGCUCAUAUUAAAAUUGUCAACAAAUUUAACCCUUUUACGGGUUUUCAGAAUCCAACUUAUAUUUUGAAGUCAACAAGGAUUGUGGCCGAGGAGCAAAUCAAAUUAGUUAUGUCUGAAGAACACAAGGAAACUAGGGAGGAAACGUACGAUAUAUACCUUUUGCCGCCUGGUGAAGAUCCCGAAGCUUGUCAGUCAUACCUGAGAAUGAGAAAUAGAGAUGGAAAAUAUAAUCUCAUGUUUGAGGAAUGGGUAACAGACACUCCGUUUAUAAUAUCACCUAGAAUCAGUUUUGAAGUCAGCGUCCGUCUUCUUGGUGGUUUGAUGGCUUUGGGGUACACUAUUGCAACUAUACUAAAACGAAAAAGCCAUGUUUUCUCUGAUGAUAAGGUUAUUGUGAAAAUUGAUUGGCUAGAGCAACUAAACCGUAGUUACAUUCAGGUUCAAGGAAAAGAUCGGUCAUAUGUUAAGUUUGUAGCCGAGCAAUUGGGUUUGGAUGGUUCAUAUGUUUCUCGGACUUACAUUGAACAGAUUCAGCUGGAAAAACUUGUUAAUGAUGUCCUGGCUUUACCAGAUGAUUUGAAGUCGAAGCUCAGCAUAGACGAUGAAGUAGCUUCGAGUCCUAAAGAGGCACUUUCUCGAGCUUCAGCAGAUUGGAGAGUCAAAUAUCUAAACGAAUCUAUUCCUGGAACCCGUCAUAAGUUAAGAAAUUUGUAUCGUUCAUUUUCAACACAUCGGGAGAAGCAUUCGUCCAGGCUGACCAGGCUUGCUGUGGGUGAAAGAAGCUUUAAUGGAAUGGUUCCCCUAUCCCCUGCUGGUGUUACAAACCAAGGAGCUACUCAACUUUCAGAACAAAUAUCGACUCUGAACGAGAGAAUGGACGAGUUAACAUCUCGUAUAGAAGACCUGAACUCCAGGUUUCCCAUUGGAAGAGUUGGUACUAGUCAGCAAAACUUAGCUCAGCAGUCAGAAACAUGUAAUGGUUCCACCCCUCAACUCCUCAUGGCCGGGGGAUUAAGCAAUGGUCCGCCAAAUGGUUGUUUAUUACCCCAUUCCUCAUCUUCCUCCCAAUUGGCCAAGGAGAAUCAAGUCAUUGAAGAGAUAAUGCUAAUGUCUAGAGGACAGCGCCAAAUCAUGCUUCAGCUGGAUAGUCUAAGCAGCCUUCUACACAACUAUUUCGGAGAUAAACUACGUAACGACAAUACAAAUAAUACUAUCAGCGGUCUUAAUCCUGUAUCAAUCGCCAUCCCUCUUGCGGCUACCUUAGCACUUGGGGCGUUAGGAGUUAUUUUGUUCAAAAGUCUUCCCUCUAAAAAGUAGAUACAAUUUUUACAUUCCUCUUUAGCUUUUUAGUUGCACCUUUUUCUCCCAAAAGAACUAUCACAUGAAGGUAGAAAUGGUGCAACUAAAAAUAUACGAUAUGAAGUAUUAUACCGCUCUUACGCGAUAGUACGUGAUUACACAAUAAUAGCAAUGGUGCAGUCUCUUGUACGUCUUUAUGUGCCUGAGCUGUGAUAUCUGGAAUGACCAUAGGUUAUUAUGUAAUAAAGGGAAAAUUUUCUUGUAAGUUAUGUAUAGCAUAGUCCAAUUUCAGUGAGAUUUCGUAUAAAGCAGAUGAAGGGAGUAUAUA